CCCGUCCCGCUGCGCUCCGCGCUCCCCCCGCCGUGUGCCCGAGGGGCGCGGCGGCUGCGCGGGACCCUUUCCCCCCGCGGUUUCCCGCCGUGCCAGCCCUAACUGGGCAUGCUGGGGCUGCUGCGGCGGCGGCUUCUCCCCGUUCUCGCCUCCCCGCGGGCGGCGGCCGGCGCUCUCCUGGCCCGGCGGGCUGUGCCAGCGCUCCCGCGCCUCAUGGCGCUGAGACCGGCGGCGGGAGGGGGCACUGACGGCGGGGACCCCUUCCGCGCAGCCGGCGCGACCGCGGAGCACGAUGCUCUGGAAAAUGUACAGCAAAAGAAAAUCUUGAAGAAGAGCAAGAAAAUGACACAACAGAGGAAAGAGCCAUGUCCUGCUGGUUCGGUAGAAUCUCUGAUGGUGGAAAUGCCAUUUGUCGACACAGAUAUUGAAGAUGAAUUUUCUAUGCAUGCAACCUCUGAAAUAAAUAUAAAAAAGAAAAGAAAGAGGACUACUGGAGGGGGAACUGAAGAAGGCAGUGAGAAAAAGAAGAAAAAGAAAAAACAGCAUAAGCCAAAUUAUUUCAUUUCUCUUCCAAUUACUAAUCCAGAGAUUACUGGCAGUGUUCGGGCUGUCCAAGAUGCAAUAGUACAACAGGAUCAAAGGCUUUCCAAAGCAAUGGUUCGCCCUGGCUCACUGCAUGUCACCAUGUUAGUGAUGCAUUUAUCCAAUGAAGAAGAAAUUAGCAUAGCAGUUGGUGCUCUUUUAGACAGCAAGGAUUUUGUAGAAGAUAUCCUGAAAGGAAGAACUGUGGAUUUGUCAUUUCAAGGAAUUGAUCACUUCAGAAAUCAAGUUGGAUUUGUGAAGUUGGCAGAAAAUGAUCAUACAAAUGUACUUAAAGAAAUAGCAGAGACCAUGAAGAAGAUAUUUCAAGAAAAAGGCAUCUUGGCAGGAGAAGACAGAGCUUUUAACCCACAUCUGACCUUUAUGAAGUUGUCAAAAUCACCAGAGCUACGUAAGCAGGUGAAAAAAAUUGACUCAUGCCUGUAUGAAGAUUUUAAAAGCCAUUAUUUUGGAGAUGAAACUUUGCAGCGCCUAGAUCUUUGCUCUAUGUUGAAAAAAAAGCAACCAAAUGGUUACUACUACUGUGAGUCCUCUAUUGUUUUUGGAAAGAGCCAUGAAGCAGACUUAAUAAAGGAAGCUUUGCACAGAGAAACACAGGCCCUGCUAUCCAGACUGAAUCAGAUAAAGGAACUGUUAUCCACUCCCGAGAUCCGAACAAAAAUUAGCAAAGAACUGUUUGAAGACAACUUUAACAGUAAAUGGAAAAGAUGUAUUGACUGUGCAUCUCCGGAUGCAUGAUUGUGAAUUGCCCUAAUGUGAAGUCUCAACAGGUUGUUUAAAGACAAAAAAAAAAAAAAUCACUCAAGAAAUUUUCCUUUUUUGUUUUACUAAAAAUAUGAAUGGGUGUAAAUGGUUCAUGAGGAAUCAUGAUAAAAUAUUUGGACAGAAAGAUUACAUACCAUAAUGAUGAAGUACAGCCACUCCUAAGUACUGCUUUGAAACUGCUUGAAUGUGCAGGUAUAUGUCAUGACUCCAAAAUGGAAAAAUAUUGGUUUCAAAUAAAUUUGAGCAAAUGCUCUGCCCUCCCUUUAUCAUGGCAAGUAAUUUGUAUUUGUCUUACAGAUCCCUUCACUAGAAAUGAUGUACAAAUAUUUUAAAAAUUGAUGCUUUUAAAUACUUUUAAAUGGAUAUUUGAAAAAAAAUCUUUUAAUUAUUUGCCUUUUGGAUAUGUACUGGCAUUUUGGGUAAGCACUGUCUGUUUUUUAUUUUUUUUUUUAAACAGCACUUGAAUACUUGUAUAGAUGCUGACAUGUUUCUGCUAAGGUUUACACUAAUGCAAGAAUGUUCUAAAUUUCAGAAUGAAAUUCAGGCUCCACUGAUGCCAAUGGCAGAUUCUUAUUGGCUUUAAUGGAGUCGGGAUGCUGCAAUUAAGAUUUCUCAUGCAAAUAAUAAUAUUCCUUGAAAAAAUACUUGCCUUUUUACUUUUGUAGAGCAGUGGGUUUGUCUUUUGUUUUUGGUGUUUCCUCCAUCUCUACCUUCUGCUGCUUGAGAUGGGGUGUCAGUUUGCUCUCAUUGUUCUCUUACACGCCUGUAAGAUUCACUGAAGCUUUGGAUGUGCAACAAUGCAGGAGUAGGCCAAAUAUUUGCAUUUUUUAUAAACAUUGUUUAAAAUUGCCUCUGAUCGUAAAAGCUAUAUAAUGUAUGUUGUGAUUGGUAUCAGAAUUGUUCUGUUAGAACAGCUGUGUGCAUAUUCUUCAUUGGUCUCAAGCACUGGUCAUUUAUCUUGUGUCAGAGCUCAUUUUUUUCUCGUUUGGUAUAUAACAGUAUAUUCUGAAAUGCGUCUCAUAAUAAAUGCCAUGUUCACAGUAAA